AUGCAAGAAGAACAAUUUUGUAAGAAGAAAGAAGAAGAAAAAGCGGAGGAGGAUGAAGAAUGGAGCGAGGGGGAAGCCGAGCGGAAGACCAAGUCCCCGGCAGGGUCGGAGGCGAGCGAGGGCGCAAAGGGAGCGGCGAGCCCUCGGCCCUCGACGGCGUCGCCCGUCCCUGGAGCGGACCCUGCGGGGGCGGCCGAGCCCUCCGAGUCCCCGCCUGCGCCCACGCCGCCGCCGCCCAGGGUCCGGCUCAACCCGAGCUUGGCCACGGACCCCGCGCUGAGGCUCAAGACCGAGCAGGAGGAACCCAUGGAGGUGGAUCAGGCGGAGGCGGAGGAGCAGCCGCCCCCGCCCGCCGCCGCCACCCCCAAAAGCGGCGGACCCACCCCCACGCCCACGCCUACGCCCCCGCCCACGCACAUACCCACCAGCGCCGAGUUGGAAUACAUCGCAUCUCUUCCGCCUGUUCUCCAGACCGUUAUCGCCUCGGGUCGGUUUUUUUGUCCGCCAGAGCUAGCCCCUGCGAGGCCUACCACGCCACGUGCCUCGAAACAUGACGCCCCAUCCCCGGCUGAAAAUCGACAAGGUCCUGUUUUUAUGUGUUCACCAUGCGGUAUUCGAUAUAGUUCUCUGAGCACUUUGGAGGCCCACCAAACAUAUUACUGCUCGCAUCGGCGAACGGCAAAUAAAGGGGCGGAAAGUGAGAGUGAAGACUCGAAAACGCAAGGCGAGUCGCUCGCGAACGAGGAUGCCAGCGGGGCGGAGAGCGGGACAAGCGAACCGGCCCGGAAAACCAUCCGGAAAGGAAAAGCGUACCGGUGUCCGCACUGCUCGUACAGCGCCGACAAGAACGUGAGCCUGAACCGGCACAUGAGGAUGCACUCCACGUCCCCGGCAGCCCAAUACUCCGGCGAGACCCAGGUCGACCCGGUCCUCACCUCCUCUCACCUAGUCGACCGCUACUGUCAAGAUUGUGAUAUCCGAUUCUCCUCGCUGAAGACCUUCCGGGCCCACAAGCUCCACUACUGCAGCACGAGGCACGUCAUCAAGGGCAAGCCCCCCUCGGCCCCCUCCUCCCCCUCGGACAGGGUCACCCCCGAGUCGCCGAGCAUCCCCGACAAGGCCGCCAUCCCUCCGCAACCCAUCCUGGCGUUACCGACCAACCCCAUUCUCAUCGUCCCCUACUCGCUCUUCCAAAGCGCGAGCGUUCUCUCUGGUGCUGCUGCUAUCGGUCUGCCCACGCAGGACACGGCCUGUUUGCUCCUCCCCGAUGGCACCCUCCAACCCAUGGCUCAAGGAAUAUUAUCUCAGUCAAAUCCCUCUUUUCCUAAGCCGCACCGGGCACCCCAGUCCACCGAACCGCAGCAGGUUCCCAACAAGUCAAGAUUAGAAAGUUCGAAAGUAAAACAAGAAGCGGAAACCUCAAGCAGCACAACUCCUCUGGAUUUAAGUCUAAGACGGGAUUCUGCAGAGAGCGAUGUGGUGGUGGACAUGUCGGAGGACGAGAAAGAAAAUCGGCAGAGUGAGGACAACACGACCGACCACGAAGACAUAGUCUGCGCUCCUUCGAUACCCCUCAUGUUGUCAACUUCGUCAACAUGCUCGUCUCCUUCUCCUGUACCUCUCUCCCCAGCAAGCUCUACCAGUCAAAGGAAGCGACCCAAACUGAAUAACAGUAAUAGUCCUAGUCCGCAUUCUCAACCAAUCUCCCCUGCGAACAGCAUAAAGUCCUCCUCCAGGACACCCAAUGGAGUCAUAGGCUCAAAGUCUAACGAACCAGUCAAACGAAAAAGCAGCGCAGAUUCCCUUGACUCCGCCUCUAAUCUAUCAAGUUUGCUUCUGGCAGCAUCUAAUGCUCAAAAGAAAGAUCCGUCGAUUCAACCGGAGCUACCAUUCCCACCAGAGCUCAUUCCUCACCUGUCGUCCAAGCUAAAUUUAAUGAAACAGAGCAAAGCGGUCCCCCCUCUAUUGAGAGCGCCAUCUGAACUUUUAAGCUCUGCUAUUCUUCCACUGCUAACGCCUGAGGUUGCUCUUCAACUCUCCAUACCCCCGAUGGCACCUAUGGCUGCAGCCCCUCCUGACGUCGUCGGCCCUCAAGUAUUAGUCAAACAAGGAGUAUCCAAAUGUCAGGAGUGCAACAUCAUUUUUUGUAAAUAUGAGACAUAUCUCGCGCACAAGAAACAUUACUGCUCCGCGCGGAUCAAUCCUGAAUCUGAGGGCGAUUCAAAGUCGAGUCCUCCGACCUCGCCGGCGAAUAAAGUUACGCCCCCUCCUCCCUUGAAAGAAAGCCCGGGAACUCCUAUCCCCCCUCCGCCCCUCGCUAGUCUGCCUGGGUCCAAAACUCCUCUCUACCAAUUCAUAUGUGCGGCCUGCGGCAUCAAGUUUACCUCCUUUGAUAAUUUGACAGCGCAUCAAACGUUCUACUGUCCAAAGAGGCCAUCCGUAGAAGCAGAAACUAUCAAAAAAUGUCAUAAGUGUAAAGCAAACAUUAUUGGGCCCUUGGAGCAACAUCAAUGCAGUGCGACUGGUGUUGGUGGCUGGCGGUGUUUGGUUUGUCCCCAUGUAAGCGCAACAUCUGGAGCAGCUCAGCGACAUCUUGAUUCUCACACCAACAUUCGUGCCUUCCUGUGUUCAAUAUGUCGCUACAAAGGCAACACUUUACGUGGCAUGCGAACGCACAUCAGAAUGCAUUUCGACAAACGAACCUCAGAUAUUGUUGAGGAAAAUUACAUAUCUUGCCAAAUCGAGUCCCCGAAUCCCUCUCCAUCAUCAAAAGAGGGCCCUGAAUCUACAAGUAAACCCAGCCCUGAAGAUUCUUCAAGCUGUAAUGGCAACGCAACUGACAUCAUCAAAGUUAAGAAGACUGAGGAGGAAGAGUUCAUUGAUGUAGAUGACAUCACCAUCAAAUCUGAGCCGAUGGAUGAUAAUUCAAAUCAGAAUGCUGAGAUGAAUGCUGCCUCUCCGGAAGAUACCAACUCCCUCCCUGAGACUUUAAAUAACAACAAAAAAUUUGGAUCUAAUUAUUGUAAAUCUUGUGAUAUAUCCUUUAAUUAUGUGAAUAGCUUUUUGGUGCACAAGAAGUAUUAUUGUUCGAGCCAUCAAGCCAAUGAGGCCACCAAUGGUAACAACAAUGCGAAACCUCAUGCCCGGCCAACUAGUACUCAAGUGACGUAGAUGUAGCAGGAGAGCAUUUAAUUCUUAAAUUUUCCUGUCCAUAUAGAAGAUCCCCUAUUAUUCCAAAGAAAAUAGGAGUUUUAACUUUUAUUCUUUGCUUCUCUGUUGAUAUCUUUAAUUUUAUCCUUCAUUUCCCCUUUAUUUUUAAAUCACUUCAAAAUUUAGACUGAUAAUCAAAUAAAAGAUCUUUAGGGCUCAAAAAGUUCUGUGCGCACCUUUACAGAGAUCACAGACUAUUGAUAGACAUUGAGACCUCUGUAUUGACAAGCUUACCUAAAAUAAAUGGCCUUGUCAUUCAUUCUGAGAUGAUUGAUCUCUCUUUAGUAUGUGCCCAAUUUCUCAAUAGGUACGUAAUUACUUAAUUUUUAAGACAACAAAAGUUAAAAUUUUCGGCACUUAUACCUCCCAGACAAUUAAUUUUAAGAAUGAAAAUCAAAUUGAUAAAAAGAGCGGAAUAAAUUGAAUCGUAAUAGACUUUGUAUUAAAUUUUUUUUAAAAUUAUUGACCCUUUUCAUUGAUAAAUUGCAGCUUUCUAUUUGAAGUAAGUACAUUUAUAUUAUUAUAUUUUCACUUCACUGCAAUCAAAAAACAUUUUUAGAAGUAUGUGUGGUUUCUUCGGUAGAAACUUUUGAAAUUUUACAUUCUUUGUGAGUCAUUCUUUGAGGAUGCAUAAUAAUUUAGAUUUACGUGGCCUGAAUGUUAAUGUUGCUCUUUCCAGAAUCCUUAUCUGAAGAAAUUACUUUAUUCGGAUACACCAAAAGAAGCUUCUGAGGGGAGAUCUCUUAUAACUUUGAUAUACUCUUAGAGCUUCUUCCUUCUUCCUAUAAUUUUACAGACCCUCACAAUCAGUGGAAAUCAAAAAUAACAUUUUCUUAUCAAUUUUUACUAUUCUUUCACUUUCUCUCUAGUCGUUUUCAAUUUUUUGUCUGAAGGAAAAUGUUUUUGUAAGUGUAUAAUUUAUUAGAGGAACUCUAGAACAUUGGCUCAAAUUGCAGUUUUUGGCAGACUGCUUUGAGGUGCAGUAUAAAACUAAGCAAAUUCAUUUUAUCACACUUUAAGCACAUACCCCUCAGUAUUUUCAUCAUAAUUUUUAUUUUACAUUGUUGACUCUAAAGACAAGCCUACAGUAAUAAGUAUUGAGAUCUUACAGUUAUUGGUUUACUUUCGUCAUUGAGAGACUCUUUCUGAAAUUCUUACAGUUCUGUUGAAUACCUAGGUAGAUGGAAAAUGAAGCACUGAGGAUGUUAAGCCAUAGAUGUCCUUCAAAGACUCAAUUUUGAUCUCAAAUUGCGUUAAUAUUGCAUUUUUAAAAUUGUCUUAAAUUAUUCUAAAAUUUGCUGGAUUUAUCUACUUGUUAAGUUCAACAGAAUUAUACCUAAACUAUUCUAACAUCCCAUUCAUUUUGGUAUUUACUGGACCUGAUUGAUGUUUAAAGAGUUUCCCUUCUAUUUGCUUGAUAAGUGGAAGUUGGGAUCAUAAGUGUGCGUAAACAUGAUUUUAGAUCCAAUGGAUAUUUAGGCACCAUAAAAGUAUGUGUGUAUACCUCUAUGAAUGAUCAGCAAGGCAAUAUUUGUCGCUGAAGUAUUUUCAUUUUUUUGAAAUUUUUUUGAGCCAAUGACUUUUUUUUUUAAUUUUGGUGCUUGCAGCUAAAGCUGUAAAAAAUAUUUUCUUGUUAGUUACUUUUUUGAACAUGCGAGUCCUCUUCCUGCUGCUUUGGUAACCAAGGCUACCCAUAUGUACACAUGGGAUUAAACUCAUCUAAAAUGAGUGCUUAGCUCCAGUUAAUGUAAUUUUGAUUAUUCAAAAAGAAUAUACAUAAGUGCUCUACUCCUUUACAAAUUAAUUCAUUUUUAGGAAGAACAUGACUUAUUUAUCAUGGCAAUUUUCGUGAAAUUUGUUUUUAACUGCAAAUUUCAAGCCAUAAAUGACAGGUUAACUUUUUUGCUGAAAGAAAGGAGGAAAAGAAAGAUCAAUCUUUAUAAACACUGUAACAUUUUCAUUAUUUGUAUGUUUUUUGUCAUGAUCAAAUCCUCAUGUAAACUGCUGAAGUUACCCUUUUUCAUACUAAGGAUGUGUAAAAAUAAAAAAUUUGAAUGUUUUAAAAUGAAAAAUUUGAAUGUUAUAAAAUAAAAAAUUAGGGAUGAAAAAGAAAGUACUUAGUUGAAUAGUAAAAAUACAUUUUGGAAGGUAUCUCUUAAUACCAAUAGAAGAAACAAUUUAAUCGGCCCGAAACCUUGACAAAGAAACAACUUAAAUCAGGACUAAGGCCACAAAUAAUAACAAGGACACAUAAAGUAAAAUAAAAAGCCCGGAAACCGGGCUUGCAAGAAUACAGGGCUCUUUUUACUUUAUUUUAUGUGUUCUUUUUAUUAUUCGCGGCCUUAGUCCCGAUUUGAGUUGUUUCCUUCUCUGAAUACCUUCUCUAUUUGUCAAGAAUAUGUACUUGAUGAACAGACAGGAGCUUUUCCUCUGUUGGUUACCCUACCUUUAAUGUUAUUAGGAGCUUGUCAAAUCAUUUAAAUUAGUAUUACUUCAAUAAAUUGGAUACAAACUACCAUUACAUACAAUAUCGAUUGCUGACUGCAAACAUGCCUUCUCAGGUGCAACAUAAAAAAAUCUCCAAUUAUGUUUCAUUUUUUUCAUGGAAAACUCAUCAAGAUAUUUCCUUGCAACUCUGUGUUAUUUUUUCAGAGUGUGUGAAUACAAUUCACCGAAAAAAAUCAUAGAAGCUAUGAGUGUUAGUCCUCUUUUAAAGGAAAUAAAACAUAAUCGGAUUCUUACAAUGACCCAAUUAUAACUACGCUUUUUGCAACUUCAGCCUUUGAUAUGUACCAUUGCAGCAUGAAGACUGGAUUGAAGGGAUCAUUUGGCAAUAUGCCAGGCAAUGAUAAAUUCUGUGAAAGACUAUAAUUCCAUUUUUAGGUAGUUUAAGUGAUCUAAAAUAAUUUCCAUGUUGUUUUAAUUAAAGUAAUUAUUUUUACUGAAAGUUUUAAGUUAUUUUAUUUUUGACUGCGAUACUUAUAAUUUAGCCCUAAUGAAAUGAUCGUAGUAUUUAUGAUUUCAUAUGUUGCCUACAUAUUUAGUAUUGUCAUGUGCAAAAAUUCAAGUUUAAAUCCGUAAGUAAAGGUAUCUCAGAAGAAUUGGUUUCAAGAAAGUUGAGAAAAGAAAAAUUAGGUACCCAGUCAAACGGUAGGUAAUAUACACUUUUUAACUUUUUAAGGACUUGUGGAAAGUCAAUUCUUCUGGAGAACCAACCGUCAUAAUGUAGUAGUAACUCAAUUUGCCCUUAGACUAAUCAUUGUUUUGUUUCUUUGAAAAAUAUUUUUGUUUAUUCCUGUAAUAUUUUCAUAUCUAUUUGGUUACUCUCUUCUCUUUCUGUUUUACCCAUCACAGUGUAACCACAUUUAGGAAGUAUUACCCUUUUGUAAAAAAGUUUUUUAUUGUUUGUACAGUUGAAAAUUUUGAUAGAUCUAAAGUCAAGUGGCAAUCAUAUGCACAUUCAUACUAGUAUCAAUACUACCUACAACAAGGCAAACUGCCAACUACGAACUGCUCUCAUAUAUUGAAAAAUCCUCCGAAAGCUAGACUACCUAUGCUAAACUAGGUAGAUAAGCAAAUAUGACCUGUGCAGUUGGGAAUUUUUGUAUGAUAUGAACAAUUUCUUCAAAGAGGAGGAUCAUUUUACACUCAAUUGUAUGUCUCACAUUAUCUACUUUAUCAUAACUAACUCUAUCCCAGCAAAAUGUAACAUCUGUCUGGAAGACCACACCUACUCAUUCUUAUUCACUUAAAAUUUCACCAAAAUGAGACCUUUGUAAAAAUAAAAACUCAGUUUUCAUACAUUUAAAGAUAAUAUUUUGGAGGGAAACAUUUUUUCCAUAAUAUAAAUCAUCAUUUAAUGUGUUCUUUGUAGCCCCUUUAAAAUGUUGUAUGGAUAGGUACUGAAAGGUGGUAAAAUUUGUAACUUACCUUUUAAGCAUCUGCCAUAAUUGUACAUAGUACGUAGGUAGCUCCCCUAAGUGUAGGAAUUCGGUGUUAAAGACGUUCAUGUGUACUUUGUCUGUAAAAUCCUCUGUACGUGUUUCAAAUUUAAAUAUUUGUAAAUAAUCCACUUUACCUUUUGUUUUCUUUUUUUUUUAUUUUAUUUUGUAUGAUUUUUAGUUGUUUAUAGCUUUCAAAGCUUAGGUUUCAUAUUUUGUAUCUUUAUUCGAGCUGGUCGUUAGUUUAAGUAAGAGAAAAAUUAACGAGGAAUAAAUCCUCCAAAAGAUUAUUACCGUUUGUCAUAGAAUAAUUUAUCUGUUUCAAUAAAAUUUACAUUGACUGGAAAGUAAAA